UUUUAUUAGUACUGUUGUAUUAUCAAGAAUACAUUACAAUGUCUGGUAGAGGAAAGACUAGCGGAAAGGCGAGAGCAAAGGCUAAGACUCGCUCUUCCAGGGCAGGACUGCAGUUCCCAGUCGGCCGUGUCCACAGGCUGCUGCGGAAAGGAAACUAUGCCCAGCGUGUCGGCGCUGGAGCCCCGGUCUAUCUGGCCGCUGUGCUCGAGUACCUGACUGCUGAAAUCCUGGAGCUCGCCGGGAACGCCGCCCGGGACAACAAGAAAACCAGAAUCAUCCCGCGUCACCUGCAGCUCGCUGUCCGCAACGACGAGGAGCUCAACAAGCUGAUGGGAGGCGUCACCAUCGCUCAGGGCGGAGUGCUGCCCAACAUCCAGGCCGUGCUGCUGCCCAAGAAAACCGAGAAGCCCGCUAAGAGCAAGUAAACCAGCCCGACUGACCCGCGUUUAGACUUUACAAACCCAAAGGCUCUUUUAAGAGCCAC